UUAAUUCCACUUUAAGUAACAAACGAAUUGCAUGUGGAUGAACGAAUUCUUAAAAGUAUUGUGAAUAAAUUUUCGUCUGUUUUUAAAUCUCUGUAGAACUAAAUCCGCCACCAAUAAUCAAUUGUUGCUAACUUCAUGUUUAUAUUACCCGUUGCCAGAGCCUGAGUUAAAAGUAUUAAUUCAGUAAUUUUCGAAAAUUAUUUAAAUAUGAGAAUACCGAGAAAAAUAUUAUGCUACCUAACGAAAUUUAAUUUGAAAAAUGUUUGUAGAAUAUGUAUAACUGGCAGACGGUACAUGAGAAAUAUCUAUAAAACCAAAAUUCCUAAAAUGUUGAAAGCUUGUUAUUUUUCUGAGAUAUCUGAAAAUGAUGGUUUGCCCAAUAAAAUCUGUGGAGCCUGCAUUCUAGCAAUUAUAAAAGUUUACAAUUUUAAGAAAAAUGUGGAGUAUAAUAACAGGAUACUAAGAGAAAUAGUAUUAAAUGAAAAGAAUAUAUUCAGUGAUAACAGGAUUGUAGGAAAUGGUGUUAAUAAUGAAAACUUUGAUAUCUCCUUAGAUCAAUCAGUAACUGAAAAGCCAUAUUGUAUAGAAGAAGCACUACCAAUAUUGAUUAGUAAUCCGCUACAUUUAGUAUCAGAUAAAUCAGAGUCUUUAACAUCAGUAAGUACAGAUUAUUUUCAGAUAUACACUGGAGAUGUUCCUCCCUUAAUACCAAUACGAGAUGAUAACAAAUCAGUCUCUACUGAUAACCUAUUUCAAGAUUUACCAAAAGAUGCCCCUCCAUUGGUUCCUAUAAAGAAUCCACAUAUAAAGAGAUUGGUGAAUGGUAUACCAAAUUUGGAGUAUAAGUGUUUCAUUUGUAGUGAAAAGUUUCAAGAUGUUACAUAUUUGAAGGAGCAUACAAUUAAAUGUAAAUCAAAGAACUUCCAGUGCAGUAUUUGUCAGAAAAAAUUCAGCGAGAGGAACAAACUUAUUAGUCAUCUUAAAGGUCAUAAAAUAGUUAAAGAUCAUCUGUGCAAGAUCUGUGGUAAAAAAUAUGCAAAUCCAAGUACUUUUCGUAUUCAUAUGAUGUCUCAUACAGGUGAACGCCCAUUUAAAUGCAACAUUUGUAGUAAAGGUUUUGUAAGGUGGGCUGAAGUAAAGUUACACAUGAAUACCCACGAAGAUAAACGACCUUUUCCAUGUGAUAUUUGUCAAAAAGCUUUCAAAAGUCGGUCUAACUUAGAACGGCAUAAGAGAAUCCAUCUUGGAAUUGAGCCUUAUAGUUGUACCUACUGCCCAAAAUCUUAUAAGCAAUUAGUAAACCUAACAGCGCACAUUCGAACCUACCACACCAACGAACGCCCAUUUCUCUGUAAUAUUUGCGGCAAAGGUUACAUCACAUCGUCUCGGUUAAAUCGGCAUAUGUUGAGCCAUUCCGGACACAAACAAUUCAAAUGUAAGGUGUGUCCGAAGUCUUAUGCCAACCACACUGAUUUGCUUAGUCACGAAUGCUAUCAUCAAGGCAAAAACGUUGAUGAUUUGAAGAAAUAUUCUUGCGAUAAGUGUAGCUUAAAAUUCUUUUACCGUUGUAGGUUAGUAAAACAUCAAAAAAUACACGAGAAGACUGCGGAAGGUAACAUAUGUAGUAAAGUGCUUAGUAGACAUUUAAUUUCAGAUCAUAAAAUUAAUUUAUCUACGGAGAAUACAGCAGUUAAUGACGAAGAAAUCGUAUUGCCCAAAAACACUAUAAUUUAUUCACUAAAAGAGUAAAAUUAGUAAUAAAAAAUUCAACC